AUGUCGUCUGUGCCCACCAUCAGGGCCGGCGGAGGCGCUGGCAAGACCAGGACUAAAAAGCUGAACGCCAUCCGUCGUAUUAUGGAUCGCGAGGAGCGUAAACGGGAGAAGUCUGUGCCCCCGUCUCCGGCCACGACCACGCCUGCCCCUGCAGCAACAUCCAACCGCCCCGUGUGCAAGAAUCCCCAUUGUGACAAGUCGGACGUCCGGGACGGAGCCUGCCAGAACUGCGGUCGCGUCGUUUGGGAGAGCAACAUCGUCGCCGAGGUCACCUUCGGUGAGAGCGCAAACGGUGCCGCCGUUGUGCAUGGAAGCUAUCUAGCGGCCGAUCAAGGCGGCAUCCGCCCUACCGCGACCGGUCCGUCUUUCCGCCGCGUUGCCGGUGCUGGCGCAAGCGAGGCACGCGAACGGAGUCUCAGGGAGGCUAAGCAGCUCAUGAACCAGUUCGCCCACCAGCUGCAUAUCUCACCCUUCGUGGCCGAGAAAGCCUUCCAAACCUACAGGGUCGCGUCCACUAGCAACUUCAUUCAGGGUCGCCGCAAGAACACGGUGGCUGCCGUUUGCCUCUAUGCCAUGUGCCGGAAGGAGGACAACAACAAGGUCAUGUUGAUCGAUCUGGCCGACAUAAUUAAGACAGAUGUGUUCCUGCUGGGCCGCUGCUACAAAGACCUGCUCAAUGCGACACCCGAGUUGAAGGAGGGCACCAAGCCCAUCAUCAUCGAGGACCUCAUCUUUCGAUUCGCCACCAAGCUCGAGUUCCUCCACGACACCAACAAAGUGGCCCUGUCAGCGAUCCGGAUCGCGCAGCGCAUGCGUCACGACAACAUCACUCAUGGUCGUCGGCCUGCUGGUAUUUGCGGCGCCGCUCUGAUCAUGGCCGCCCGAGCGCAUAACUACCGCCGCACCGUUCGAGAGGUCGUCUAUAUCGCCAAGGUCACUAUGGCAACUCUUCAGGAGCGCAUGGAGGAGUUUGCCAAUGUUCCCUCGGCACAGAUGACGAUUCGCGACUUUCACGAGGCCAAAGCCCUCCCGGAGGCGUCCCACGACCCGCCGUUCGUCUACAAGCAGACGAAAGAAUGGCAGGAGAAGCACCCGAAGAAGGCCCGGAAGCGGAAGGUUGCAGCCGUCACCCAAGACACCAGCCAAGCCAGCAACCUCUCGGAGCAACAGAGCCCCGCAAAACGGCAGAGGACAACAGCCAGCGAGCCGCAGGCAAACGUGGUUCCCAUCGAUCCAUCGCUCUUGGCCGAGAGCGCUUCCACAGAAUCCGGAUCCAGUGCGCGUUCGGAGUCCCAGACAGCAGACCUGCCCAGGUCCAAUGUUGAUAAGGAUGGUUUUGCUGUCCCUUACAACAAGCCCACCCAGGAGGAUCUCCACAUUGCGAAUGCUGCGACAGCCGACGUUGACGGUCAGCUCGAGGACUUGGCUGGCGAGUUUGGCGACUCUGACGACCAGGAAUCGGAGGAGGAAGUUGACCCAAACAGCGAAAUGGCCAUGGCCGCGGCGCAGGGCAUUCACGUCCCGGGCAUGGAAAAUAUGAGGAUCAAGCCAAGGGACGCCGUCCCUCCGGCUGAAGUGAACGAUCAGACCCAGAACAACGGCGACCAGACAGGCAACAAAAAAAGGUACAAGCCGGUGUUGCGGAUUGACGAGGAGUGGGAGCUGGACGAAAACAACCUCGAGCAAGAAAUGCAGGGCCACCUCAAUGACCCCGCCAUGAUUGGCGCUUCCGCCGUUGUCACGAGGGACAUCGAACAGCGACGAGCGCAGGAGGCGGCUGCUCGAGCGAACCACUCGCCUCAUGCUCCGGAUAAUGAAUCCCCCGCCGACAGCACAGGUGGUAACAGUACCACUCAGCUCGGCCCUAGCCAACCCAAUCCCUGGUUUACUCCCGUGUCCAAGGUCUCAGACGACCCCAUCGUCCACGAAGACGAGUUCAAGGACGACCCUGAGGUCAUGUUCUGCAAGCUACCGGAGAAGGACGUGCAGCUCAAGGAGAUGAUCUGGGCCAACCACAACAAGGACUACAUGCGCAAGGUGCAGCAAAAGAUUUUCGAGGCCAAGGUGUCGCAGAAGAACCCGCCCAAGCCAAAGCGCAGCCGGGCCAAGAAGCCGCGCAUCGGCGAAGGUCAGGUAACCCCGGCCGGGUCAGCCGCCGAGGCUGCAGAGAACAUGCUGCGGGCGCGGGCGAUCAGCACGAAGCUCGACUACUCCCGCAUGGGCAAUCUCUUCGACUUCUCCAAGCGAGGCCCCGGCAGCACCUACGGCGGCGCCAGCUCGAUCGGCAGCCGCAGCGCCGUGCCCAGUAGCGCUGGGAGCGACGCCGGCAGCGACGGCUCGGGAGAGGGUACCAACAAUGCCCAAACACCGUCGCCCUCGACCAGCGCGGCGACGGCGGCUUUGACGGCCCGGGAGAGGGCCCUCCAGGCGCUGGCCCCUCCCGAGGAGGAGGAGGACGACGAGGAAGAAGAGGAGAACGGCUUCGGCGGUGGAGAAGGCUUUCAGGAUGAGGUGUUUGGCGAGGGGGAGUUUGAUCCGUUUGGCGAUAAUCACGGGGGAGAGGAUUAUGAAGAGUGA